GUGCAGCAGUAAAGUUUGCAAAAGACUACAUGUUUGAUGUUUCAGUGGGAAGAAGACAAAAUGUCCCUGCAAUAAUGGUGAUAUUUGCGGACGGUCCAUCUAGGGAUGACGCAAUUGCAAUAUCAAGAGAAGCCAAGACUUCUGGCAUUAAUAUCUUGGCAGUUGGAAUUGAAGAAGCCGACCGGGAGCAGCUGCGAAGGAUGGUCACUAAUGAAAAUCCCCGCAAUGUUCUUUUCUCAACAGAUGUUACUGACUUACAUACACUUGAGGAUGACCUUGCAGACAUGUUGUGCACAAUAGAGGAUGUUGUACCAAGGCCCACCCCAGGACCCUGCACAGUCCAAUGUCCAAAGGGGGAGAAAGGCGAGAAAGGAGAGGAGGGACAGAGAGGAAGAAUUGGUGAUCUAGGUCAGAAGGGAGAACCUGGUUUGAAUGGAAUUCCUGGUGUGCCUGGUCCUCAGGGGCCUCGUGGCCUUCCUGGUGAGCCUGGAAGAGUGGAAGUGAGGCCAGGAUUUAAGGGAGAAAAAGGGGAUCCAGGUGCCUCUGGAAGAGAUGGAAUACCUGGAUCUCCUGGUCGGCCUGGUAACCCGGGCUCAAGUGGCUUACCUGGUAGUCAAGGUACGCCUGGUACGAGAGGAAUCUCAGGAGUCCCUGGCAGUCCAGGCCCUGAAGGUUCUAAAGGAGAGAAGGGUGAAAGGGGCGAGUCUGGUUCUGUUACUGGUGGUGGACUUCCAGGAAGAAAGGGAGAGCCUGGAACUCCGGGUUCUCCAGGCUUACCUGGAUCCAGAGGACCCCCUGGCGAUCCUGGGUCCCCUGGGCCAUUUGGACCAAUUGGCCCACCAGGAACCCCAGGACUUUCUAUCAAGGGACAGAAAGGAGAACCAGGUGAAAGAGGACCUCCAGGACCUGCACUUGUAAAUGGGAGCCAACAAAGAGGAGAAAAAGGUGAACCUGGAUUACCUGGCAGAGAUGGACAGUCUGGAGUACGAGGACUUUCUGGGCCACCUGGGCUUAAAGGGGAGAAGGGUGAUCCUGCGGAUAUUUUGCCUGGACAAGCUGGAAGGAAAGGAGAUCCUGGUGAUCCGGGUCCCAGAGGUCCUCGAGGGGAGCAAGGAGAGAAGGGUGAACGUGGUCUUCCUGGUGAUGCAGGUCCACCAGGACUAAGGGGGGAGAGAGGACCAAUGGGUCCAUCUGGACAGAAGGGUGAAUCAGGAGAAAUGGGUCCAAUUGGUCCACCAGGAAUCUCUGGUGUGCCAGGUCGUAUCGGUCCUGUUGGUCCAAAGGGUAACCAAGGAAAUCCUGGAGAACCUGGACAGAGUAUUCCCGGACCACCAGGAAAUAGAGGUGACAAGGGUGAAAGGGGAUUUCAAGGGCCCGAAGGACCUAAGGGAGAUAAAGGUGAUCCUGCAGAGAAGGGAGCCCAGGGGCCUCCUGGUGUUGGAGUUCCUGGAUUUCCUGGGCCAAAGGGAGAACAAGGAGAAAGGGGUAUUAUUGGUCUUGCUGGAAAACCAGGACCCAAGGGUGACCCAGGAGAACCUGGAGAGGCAGGAGAGACUGGAAAACAGGGCCCACCUGGACCAAUUGGACUUCGAGGAAAGAAGGGUGAUAAAGGAGAUAAGGGGGAAGAUGGAAUACCAGGUGAGGCAGGAAUACCUGGGAAAUCUGGUGAGAGAGGCCUACGGGGUCUGACAGGAGCUGCUGGGAGGCCUGGAGAAAAAGGGGAUAUGGGAGAUCCUGGAGAGUCAGGUAGAGAUGGACGUCCAGGCAUACCUGGUCCAAAAGGAGAUCGUGGAGAACCUGGUCCAGCUGGCCCACCAGGAAAAAUUAUUGAUGGGGAUGGGUUUCCAGGGAUGAAAGGAGACAAGGGGGAUGCAGGUGAUCCUGGAGAAAAUGGAGUCAAAGGUCAUAAAGGAGAGCCUGGAAUAUCUGGCACACCUGGUGACAGAGGUCUUACUGGUGAAAGGGGACCUCCUGGAGAACGAGGUGAUGCAGGGGCUCGAGGUCCUCCUGGGGAAAAGGGUGACAGAGGUCCCCCAGGACAGGAUGGUAAGAACGGACAGGAUGGAAAGCCAGGAGUCCCUGGAGCACCUGGACAGCGGGGAGACCCAGGAAGACAAGGAGAUGCAGGCCGAGAUGGACUACCUGGCUUACGAGGAGAACAGGGCCUUCAAGGGCCUAUAGGGCCACCAGGAUCACCAGGUUUACCUGGUAAAGCUGGAGAAGAUGGCAAGCCAGGCCUUCCAGGAAAGAAUGGAGAAAAUGGCACUCCAGGAGAAGAUGGAAAAAAGGGUGACAAAGGUGAAACAGGAAUUGCUGGACGAGAUGGUCGUGAUGGUGAUAAAGGAGAUAAAGGUGACACUGGAACGCCUGGACCAUCCGGACCCCCUGGUGUUCCUGGGCUUCCUGGUCCUAUUGGACCCCCAGGACAGGUGAUUUAUGUCAAAGGAGCAGAGACUGUGUCAAUCCCUGGUCCACAGGGACCUCCUGGAACUCCAGGAGUUCCAGGCAUCCCAGGGACUGCAGGAACAAGGGGUGAAAAAGGAGAAACUGGAUCUAGAGGAGAAAAGGGAGAUCCUGGAGAAGAUGGGAAACCUGGCUUUCCAGGAACAGCUGCGAAUGUUGAGCAAAGCCUCAGCUCUCUUGGUAUCAAGGUAUCACAGCUACAGGAGAUCCUUGCAAGAGGUGGAGACGUGACAGCAAAAGGCAGUCCUGGUUCACCUGGCCCUAGAGGAGAAAAAGGUGAUAAAGGAGAAAAGGGUGAUGGAGGAGACCGGGGUCCCCCUGGAAAAAAUGGUGAAGAUGGCUUCCAAGGAGAGAGAGGACCGAAGGGAGACAAAGGAACCCAGGGACUACCAGGGCCACAAGGUCCAGCUGGACAUGCUGUUGGAGAGAGAGGCUUGCCUGGUCCACCUGGCCAGCCAGGUGAUCCUGGAAAACCUGGCAUCCCUGGAGUUCCAGGUCGAGUUGGUGAGUUGGGGGAAGCUGGAAGACCAGGAGACAAGGGAGAAAGGGGAGAGAAGGGAGAACGAGGUGAAUCGGGUAAAGAUGGAUCUCCAGGUGCUAUUGGCCCACCUGGAAUCAAGGGUGAAUGUUUAGAAGUAGCUGUUCAAGGGUUACCAGGUGUGAAAGGGUAUCCUGGACCUGAAGGACCAAAGGGAGAGCCUGGAACAGCAGGAGAACGAGGUCCCAAAGGAGACAAGGGCGAUGCUGGACAACGAGGGGAUCAUGGAGAGAGAGGAGAAAAAGGGGACAGGGGUCGAGAUGGACUUACAGGACCACCAGGUGAUCCAGGACAACCAGGACCUGAAGGGAAACCGGGUUUACCAGGGUUUCCCGGAGUGCUAGGUCGACCGGGUAACCAAGGAGAACGAGGCCCACCAGGCCCACCAGGUUCAACUGGCCUACCUGGCCCCCAGGGACCUGUUGGAAUCAAGGGCAGCCAAGGUGAACCUGGAAUUGGUGUGCAAGGUUUACCAGGUGCCCCUGGCACUCCUGGUCGUCCUGGACAACAGGGUCUUUCUGGUGCUGUGGGACCUCAGGGACCCCCUGGACUGCCUGGACCUGUGGGAGAGCCUGGAAAACCUGGAGUUCCUGGAAGAGAUGGAGUCUCUGGACCAGCAGGAGAAGCUGGGCUGCCAGGAAAAAUGGGUAUACCAGGACCAUCAGGCCCAGCUGGACCCAAAGGAGGGAAAGGAGAUGCAGGACCUCCUGGAGAGAGUGUAAUUGGACGCCCUGGACAAAAAGGUGAAAAGGGUGAUUCAAUUAUAGCAGCUGGUGUGACCGGAGCACGUGGACCUCAAGGAGAACAAGGUGACAAAGGAGACAGGGGCAUACACGGUCUGCCAGGAGCAAAGGGGGAUCCUGGUGAUCCUGGUGAUCCAGGAGAAGAUGGUAUCAAAGGCCAGCCAGGAGCCAAAGGUGAAAAGGGUGAAGCUGGAGUUGGGUUACCAGGCCCUACUGGACAACCAGGAUCACAAGGCCUUAAGGGUGAUCCUGGACUGCCGGGCCCCUCUGGACCUCCUGGAGCACAAGGACUUACUGGUAACCCUGGCAUACCUGGACUAAGAGGCGAAGUUGGUCUGCCUGGUCAACCUGGACCACCAGGAGACAGGGGUUUGCAAGGUCUCCCUGGAAGAGAUGGAAACCCUGGAGUUCAAGGGCUCCCUGGGCCACCAGGAACAGUGGGUCCUCCAGGUUUUCCAGGACUGAAAGGAGAUAAGGGAGAAACGGGGAUUGGUCAGCCUGGCCCAAGAGGAGAAAGAGGAGAUCCAGGUGCAAGGGGAGAGGAUGGAAGACCAGGUCAAGAUGGGAUCCGUGGAUCAUUGGGUCCUCCUGGAAAUCGUGGAGAAAGAGGUGAAAAGGGAGAUUCUGGUCUUCCUGGAGAUAAAGGAGAAAAGGGUGAAACAGUGGCUGUUGCUGGACAACCUGGAGCAAAAGGCAACAAAGGAGAACUAGGAGAACGUGGCCCAAAAGGAGCAGAAGGAGAAAAAGGAUCAAAAGGUGACCAGGGUCCUGCAGGUGAACAGGGACAGAGAGGAGAACCUGGUGAAAAAGGUUCGACAGGGUUUCCUGGUGCCCGCGGCCCUGGUGGACAAAAGGGUGAAGUUGGAGAACCAGGUGAACCAGGAGAACCGGGAGACUCGGGAAAAGAUGGUCUUUCAGGUCCCAGGGGGGACAAGGGAGAAAAAGGAUUCCCUGGAAUGCGUGGCCUUAAGGGUGAUCGAGGUGCAAAAGGUAACUGUGGCAUGAAUGGAGAGAAAGGAGAAAAGGGCAAUACUGGACUUCCUGGACCAUCGGGACUACCUGGCCGAAAAGGAGAGCCUGGUGAAUCUGGUUCUCCAGGAACUGCAGGUGUGCCUGGCAAGGAAGGGCUUAUGGGCCCCAAGGGGGACCGAGGCUUUGAUGGACAACAGGGACCAAAAGGAGAACCUGGCGAGAAAGGCGAGAGGGGUUUUCCUGGAAUUGUUGGCUCUUCGGGCCCCAGAGGAAGUGAUGGACAACCUGGGCCUCCUGGGUCCCCUGGCCCUGUUGGCCCCAAAGGACCUGAGGGACUUCAGGGUCAAAAGGGUGAAAGAGGCCCCUCAGGACCACAUGUUAUUGGACCCAAGGGAACUGCAGGUGUUCCAGGAGAGCAAGGAGACAAGGGAGAUCCUGGACCAUAUGGGCAGAAAGGAGACAAAGGAGAACCAGGUUUGACAGAAGAUGUGAUCCGGUCCUAUGUCAGGGAUGAGAUGAGACAACACUGUGCUUGUGGAGGUCUAGGUGUCCCAUCAGAUUCUCCAUCUGUGUCAACGUUCCUGUCUAACUCUCGACUAGUCCCUGUGUUAGAGGUGUCAAACACUGAUGAAUCAAAGGGACGAGAACUUCAGGUGGUUGUAAAUGAAAAUGAUCAUCAGUAUGAAGAUUUCUACACAGUGGAUGAUUAUGAGGAUGGCCAGAAAGAAUACGAAGGGACCGAGGGGACAUUUAAACCAGUAGAAAUGCUAAAAGAUGAUAUAACUGGAACUGUGACACCUGUGCCACUGCAGCAAAGAAAUAAGAGAAGUGCAACGAAUAAAGACCCCUGCCUUUUGCCAUUAGAUGAAGGAUCAUGCUCCAAAUACACACUGCAAUGGUAUUAUAACCAGAGAGUAAAGGAUUGCCGACCAUUUAUUUAUAGUGGCUGUGACGGAAACUCAAAUCGCUUUGCCACUAAAGAGGACUGUGAGUUCCAGUGUAAAGCCCAAAGAAGAAAUGAACCAGAUCCAAAACAUGGAAGCUGAAAUGCACAAAACAGGGAGCCAAAUGGAAUUAAAUUGCUGUAAUUAUUAACAGAUCAUGUGAGGUUCAUUACAGAGGGACAAAUGCAAAGGGAUUCUAUACACUCUCGGAUAAAGACACUAAUACUACUGCCCCAGACACAAACUGCACAUAAAAGAAGAUAUUCAGUGUUUCAGAUUUCUACAUGAGAAAU